AUGCAAGCAGAUGUCUGGGAACCUGCCGCUGCGAGCGAGGAUGACCGAACAUCCAAACUAUUCCCAAACGCAUUCAGGAUAUCUGGCCUGAAGCAUGUUUGUGACAAUCUGUGUGGAUCUAUCUUGGCAGGACUGCCGCAGUGGUCUGAUCUCUUACCUCAGCUUCAGUCAUUGGAUAUUUUGCUGAGCGCUAUCACCUGGCGAGAACGCUUUGUUGCUUUGUGCUUGAGCGAUCGGAGCAUGGAGGACAGGAACAAGGUUCUCAAAUGGGGGGGAGAGUCGCUGACUGGUUUGCGGUGGCAGGUGGUGUCUGCAUUCUGCAGGGAGGUCCUUCCUUUUGAGCAGCUUCUUCGCAGUUCUUGGAACACCAACAGAUAUCUGACAGCAGGGCCAGAUUCGAAGAAAGCAUUCCUGCUUGAAGAGACGUCCAAAGUCCAUGUUCAGCGCAUAUCCAAAUUGAUGGCCAGCGAUUAUGCAUGGGCUUCAAUCGCGAUGGUAGCGCUUUUGAGUGGUGACAGUGAUGCGCUUGGCAGCUGGGCUGAGGGAUGCCCAUGUCACCCGUCCUCAGACAUCGAGAAGAUUGUGUCCUUCCGAGCCAAGCGCCAGGCGAAACAGAAUGCCAAGGAGUGCGUCUUCAAGUGUUGCCGUGCCCCCGAAUUGGCAUGUGGGCAUGGCCUCAAGCAUGUGGUGGUCAGACUGGUGUCGCAUCGGGCUACUUUCGCACCAUACGUGGCAAAGGCUCCGGCGGCAAAGAGGUCGGAACUGCUUAGCUCUUGGGAAGCAGCAUGCACCAAGCUUUUUGGACAUAUCUAUGCAAAACUUGGAUACUGGAGGGAGCUGCCUUGGGUCCUAUGCACCUUGGUUUUGUUUCUCGGGUGA